UGUCUUUAUCAGUCUCUCUCUCUCUCUCUCUCUCUCUCUCUCUCUCUCCAUCGAGCGCUCUACCAUCACCAGCACCUUUUCAGUCUAAUCCUCACCUUCACCAUGAUUACCUUCAAAAGCCAGUGUGUUAUAGGUUUCAGCGUGUGGAUUAUCUUGUCCUGUGGACUCUCCCCUGUCUGCGCAGUGCCUGUGAGAGCUGGUUGUGAGGUGAUUGGUGAAGAGAUUGAGGAUUUCCACGCUCAGGGAGAAGCUAUGGCCAUCACAUUUCCCAUUCUGGAAGCUAACAUUUGGUACAGGGAACUUCCUGAAGACAACAGCACCGUGUUCCAGUUGUUCCACAGCAAGCAUCAUGACCUCAGUAAACAGGCUCACAGGGUCGUACAGCAGGGUCGAACCCUCUGGCUCCUCCCUUCUCUGUCCUCAGACUCGGGAACAUACACCUACGUGUUCAGCAGCGACACCUUCUGCCUAACUGGAAGCUUCACUGUGACCAUUUAUGAGAAAGGAAAAGAAGACAUGGAGAUGAUGUCAUAUCCUGUUUCUUCAAAACCAGGCAAGGACCUGACCAUCGAGUGUCCGCACAUUAACCAUUUCAACAGGCUGGAAAGUUCACACUGGUUCAAGGGUUUUCACGCUGGUGUUCCGUUAAUAAACGAGACACGUUACACAAUUUUGUCAGGAGACAAAUUGAGUCUGACCAUCAGAAACGUUUCGGCAGAAGACGAGGGCCUGUACACCUGCUGGCUGAUGGUGAUUAUCAACAACGAACAAUACAACGUUAGCAGGACCUGGAAACUACGAGUGCUGUCUCCAGUAACCAGCGUCCCGGAGACGCACACAGAAGCCACCACCAGAUCACGAGAAGUUACUCAGACAUCUCCCAUCCUACCACCUCUUCACAUAACCACUCCUGUAAACGGCUCUGUGGUUGAAAGUAGUCUCGGCUCCAGUUUAGUGAUCCAGUGCAAGGCGUUUGUGGGAUACGAGUCAGCCGACGUCACCGAGCUCACCUGGCUAGUGGAUGGCCAAUCAGUGGGUGGCUCUCAUCUGCACGGUCGAGUGUUUCAGGAAGCCAAGAGGGUGUCAGCUGGCCAUGUGGAGGCGCUACUGGUCUUCCUAGAAGUGCAUAAAGAGGACACGAGGGCCGAGCUGAAGUGUGUCGCUCUAAACCUGUCAGGAAAACAGGAAGUUGUCAUACAAAUUAAACUGGAAGACUCCAUGUUGCCGUGGUUAGUGGUGGCUCUUGUAGCCUCCGGCUUCUUCAUGCUGGUUCUGUGUGUGUUUGUGCAACUGCUGUGCCGCCAACGACGCAAACACGACUACAUCCUGGCUCGACAGAACAGCACAUUUUAAAUACCUGGCUUCUUUCAAUCACACAGUUUACCUUUUAUUUGUUUUUUUAUUAGAUUUUUUGUAAUAAGUCUUAAAUGUGAAUGAACAGUAUAAACAAUAUCUGUACAUAUAACACCAUUUGCAUUGU